AUGGAACCCUAGCUUUCCAUAUUUUUAAAUCCCUGUAAAUUGAGCUCUUUCUCCUGAUUACACUUCGAUCUUUUAGCUUUUCUUCCAUCCUCUUUGUAUUUGAAUAUUUAAUACUGUUCCCCUUUCCCUUUUCCCCAGAGGAAAAGAGCGAUCCAAUACCGCAUUGAAUUGUGUGAAUUUUUUGUUUGAAAAUCUUGAUCUUCAUCUCCCCCUCAAUCUGCAGGUAGACGUCCAGAUUUCUUGCGAUUGCUUCUGCUCUGCUUCAUUUUCCCCCAUAACAUUGACCUUCCAACUCUUGAAACGAAGAGUUUGUUGGCAUAGAGUGGAAGAUGCAUUCCAAGAAGAUGGAAGGACCUUCUGCUCCUACAAUUCGUCGAGACCCAUAUGAAGUAUUAUGCGUCUCCAGGGAUUCCACUGAUCAAGAGAUCAAAACUGCGUACAGGAAGCUAGCUCUUAAGUAUCAUCCUGAUAAGAACGGAAGCAAUCCUGAAGCUUCAGAGCUUUUUAAGGAGGUUGCAUAUUCUUAUAGCAUUUUAUCUGAUCCAGAGAAGAGAAGGCAAUAUGACAGCGCUGGGUUUGAGGCUGUUGAAGAUUCCAUGGAUAUGGAGAUUGAUUUGUCUAAUCUGGGAACAGUUAAUACAAUGUUUGCAGCUUUGUUCAGUAAGCUUGGUGUCCCAAUCAAGACUACAAUUUCAGCCAAUGUUCUUGAGGAAGCCCUGAAUGGAACCGUCACAGUUAGACCCCUUCCAAUGGGGGCAUCAGUUAGUGGAAAGGUAGACAAGCAAUGUGCCCACUUCUUCGGUGUGACAAUCAAUGAACAACAAGCUGAGGCAGGGAUUGUCGUGAGAGUUACAUCAACGGCACAAAGCAAAUUCAAGUUACUUUAUUUUGAGCAAGAUGCGAAUGGUGGCUAUGGUUUAGCCUUACAGGAAGAUAGUGAAAAGACAGGCAAGGUGACUUCUGCAGGCAUGUAUUUCUUGCAUUUUCAAGUGUACAGAAUGGAUGCCACUGUAAAUGCGUUAGCGAUAGCUAAAGACCCUGAAUCUGCUUUCUUUAAAAGGUUGGAAGGUCUUCAACCUUGUGAAGUUUCAGAAUUAAAAGCUGGCACACAUAUAUUCGCUGUUUAUGGAGAUAAUUUUUUCAAGACUGCUGCAUAUACAAUUGAGGCACUUUGUGCAAAGUCAUACGAGGAUACAACUGAGAAGCUUAAGGACAUUGAGGCUCAAAUUUUAAGAAAGAGAAAUGAAUUGCGCCAAUUCGAGACAGAAUACAGAAAAGCAUUGGCACGCUUUCAAGAAGUGACCAACAGAUACAGCCAAGAAAAGCAAGCUGUAGAUGAGAUGCUGAAACAACGUGAUAGCAUUCAGGCUUCAUUCACCGUAGCCAGGGCUUUGAAUACUGUUAACAGUACUUCAAGUAAUGGAAGUACUAGCAAAGUUCCUAGUGAAGAUUUUAAGGCUGAGAGUCCAGUGGAAGAUGGAGGCUCAGAUGGAAAGGAUAAAUCCGGCAGAAAGAAAUGGUUCAAUUUGAAUCUCAAGGGUUCAGACAAAAAGCUUGGUUGAAGUGGUAUUGAUCUAGAUGAUUUUGUUUAGUUUAAGAGGUUUAAAUGUGUCCCCAAUAGGGUUUGAUGUAUUGGGCCAGCAGUUUGCUGCCUGCUAAAAUCUUGUAUCAUUUCUUCUAUUCUUUUCCCUCUAUGGGUGCCUGCAAAUGUUGUUCAUUGGGGCCUGUCACGGUGUGAUCCAUUAUGGUGAAUCAAAAUUUGAAAGCAUUCAUGGAGUAAUGCGGCUCUUUUCAUCCUCUACUCCACACAGCAGCAUGCUCAACGCAUGUAGUUCUUGUCAUGUAAUAGGAUUUCAUGUCUUUGUUUUACCCAUAGAAGAAAUUCUGUCCCAGUAUCUGGUGAUUAGAUAGUGUUUGUGACUCCAUGUAUGUUGUAUUGUUGUCGAUUUUGUAUUGGAUACGUAUCCGUAUACGUAGCUGACAUGAAAACCAUUGCAAGUUUAUGGAUGGUUCUACUGUAUAUGAAGCAAAUUUUUCUUUGUUAAAUUAAUAGCUUAAAACGUA